CCCCCCCCCGGGGCACCCCGAGGCCCCCCCCGGGGUGGGGGGGUCCCGGAGGGUCCUGUUCGCUGAUGCUUUGGGGCUGCCCCUCGCUCGCCUGCGGCAAUACCGGCCCUGGGACCCCCGAGGGAGGGGGGGGCACCCGGUGGGAGGGGGGGGGAUAGGGAUGGGGGGGGGGGGGGGGGGAAUGGGGCGGGGGGGGAGCAGCCCCCCGGGAGCUGGAUGAGGCCUGGGAAGGGCAGGCCACAGGAGGCAGAGGAUGCGCAGCCCCCACCCCCUGACCACCAUAUGGAGCCUGACCCACCCCCAACACCCCCCCCGGAUGCAGAGCAGCCCCUUAUACAGGGUGCUGAGGAGGAGGCGGUGGCGCGGGAGCUGGAGCUGCUUUACCUCUCCCACCUCCGACGGCAACGGGGGGAGCCCGCUGAUAACGGGGACCCCCCCCCCCGAAACGGGGCCCCCCCAUUACCGGAGCGAGCCCCCAACACCUCCUUAGCCAAUGAGAUGGCGCUGCAUUACGAAGCCGGGGGGGGCCGCCGUAGCCCCCCCGUCUUAUUGGGGAGGGGGGGGCCGGUGGAAGGGGCGCUCUUGGUACCGGCCAGGCCCCCCCCCCGGGGCAGGGGGGGCGGUUUGGGGGGGGCCCUGCGGGGUUGUGGGGUGCUCUUGGCAUUGGCGGUGCUGGUACCGGUGGCUUGGGGGGACGGGGGGGCCCCCACGGCGGCGCUGGCGUUGGGGCUCUAUUUGGCACUGGCCUGGCUCACAUAAAGGGGGGACA